AUCAUCUUUCCUGGACAAGUAGAUCACUCAAGCCAAGAAAUUCAGAAAAUUUACUCCAAUGUAGAGAGCCUUGUAAAAAGUAAUGGAAAUUUCAUUUCAGGAAGCAUAUCGUGGUUGUCAGAAUAUCAAACAUGGGCAAAGGAAAAGAACAUUGACAUAAAUAAUACAAAAAUCUUCUACAAAAACUUGUCAGAUUUUAUUUCCUUGCCAAAAUAUAGAAGAUUUGCUCAAGAUUUAAAAUUUGCCAAAAAUAAAAUUCAUUUGACAGCCUCAAGGAUUUUGGUAUACUCCAAGAGUAGCCGUGAUUCGAUCUUUCAAAGGGAUAUGAUGGUCAGCAUAAGACAAGAUCUCGCUCGUUCCACAGAUGUCGACACAUUUGCUGUUGCCCUACCAUUCAUCUACUUUGAACAGUAUGCUCAUGUGCUUAACGAAACUAUGAGAAACUUAAUUGUUGCUGGAAUUUCAAUUCUUUUGAUAUCAUCCAUGUUCCUAAAUCAUUUUGUAAUAAUAAUUUGUCUACUGUGUGGAUUUAUUGCUCUUAUACUUGAACUACUCGGACUGAUGUACAUCUGGAAUGUCUCGGUUAACUCACUUUCUAUGAUAAAUCUUGUUAUGGCUUUAGGAUUUUCUGUGGAUUACAACGCACACGUCGCUUAUCAUUUUGUUUCUUCCAAGGUAGCCACUCCUGAGCUACGGGUCAUUGAUGCACUAAGCAAAAUUGGCGGCAGUGUUUUUCUUGGAGGUUUAAGUACUUUCAUUGGAAUGAUGCCAACAGGAUUUGCUUCCUCCACAGUAUUCAAAACAUUUUUCAAAAUGUUUGUUGGUAUAGUAGUUCUUGGUUUGGUUCAUGGUUUGGCUAUAUUACCUGUGUAUCUAACACUUCUUGGAAAGAUAUUUGACUUCCGUGAAAUAAACAUUAAUUCAAUUAUAAUAAAAUGGUUCAAGUAUGCAAGAAAACAGAAAUCCUUUAAAACCACAAACACAAACUUAUCUGUCAAUGUCGUAAAAGCUAAAAAUUCCAUUCCUGCUGCUAUCGUUGGAAUUGGUUGUCGGUUUCCAGGAGGUGCUACCUCGAAAGACGCUUUUUGGGAUAUGUUAGUCGACGGUAGAUGUGGUAUUGGCUCUUAUCCCACAAACAGACCAAACUCAAGAGAGUUUAUUGAUUGUUUCAAUCCAGGAAAGGACACACCCGGAAAACACUAUGUGCUUACAGGAGCUUUUCUUGAAAAAAUAGCCGGACUUGAUGCUCAAUUUUUCGGAAUAUCCCAGACAGAAUGUCGCUCAAUGGAUCCACAGCAACGAAUACUUCUCCAAGUUGUUUACGAAGCAAUUGAAGAUGCUGGGAUGCGUCUUGAAGACUUACAGCAAUCCCGAACUGGGGUUUAUGUUGGAUUAAUGAACUUAGAAUAUGGUUCACUUGUUUUAGAUUCGUCCAAUAUUCGAAAAGUUGAUCAGUUUUCCUCCACUGGAUGUGCAAUGUCCGUUCUCGCCAACCGCAUCUCCUUCUCAUUUAAUUUAACCGGUCCGAGUCUGACGUUGGAUACAGCUUGUUCAUCAUCCUUAGUGGCCUUUGACGUUGCCUUUGGACAUCUACAAACCGGUGAAUGUGACGUGGCCAUUGUGUGCGCAGCAAAUAUUCUUCUGACGGGUAACAAGUUCCACACAGCAUGCUGCAGGACUGGAUUGUUAGCCCAAGAUGGUCGUUGCAAGAGCUUUGAUAUAAAAGGAGAUGGAUAUGGUCGAGGUGAAGGCGUAGCUGCGGUUGUGAUCAAACCAACCAAAACAGCUCUAGAUGAUCGAGAUGAUAUUUAUGCAGAGGUUGUGGCCUGUGGUGUAAAUAACGAUGGAAAAACAGCAAUUCCAAUAACAGCACCUAGUGAAGUCACUCAAUCCAUUUUGUUUCAAAGAGUCCUUCAAGAAUCUGGUUUUUCUAAAGACGACAUACAAUAUGUUGAAGCCCAUGGCACUGGAACAGCCGUAGGCGACGUUGUUGAAAUGGGAUCGUUAGCAACGGUUUAUGGCAAUAGCAGUAACAGAAUACUUCGUCUAGGAUCAGUGAAAUCAAACAUAAACCAUACCGAAUCAACUGCAGGUUUGGCUGGGUUAAUCAAGACAUGUCUGAUGAUAAAAUAUGGUCGAUUUGUUCCAACCAUUAACGUAAGUGAAGUCAAACCACAGCUAAAAAUGUCUGAAAGAAGAAUGAUGGUUCAAGUUUGUAAUGAGCCUUGGAAUACCGAUGGUAGAACGCCAAGAACAGCUGCGGUCUCUUCUUAUGGUUUUGGUGGUGCUAAUGCUCACGUAAUCGUCAGAGAAGUAACAGAGAACCCUGUAACUGUAAUCCCCAGUAGAAGUAUAUCUAGCAGAGUUAUGACGUUGUCAGCUGCUUCAAAAGAUGCAUUAAGAGCAAUGGCCAGGAAAGUAUCUCAGUCCUUUAAGGAGAAACCAGAUGAUGACGAGCUUCUUAAAGAUAAUAUUUGCUAUUCCCUGAACGAGAGAUACACUGUGCAUUCUCAUCGUUUAGCGCUUAGCUUUUCCUCGUUUGAAAAUGCAGCAAGAGCUUUAGAAAAGUUUGCCGAUCAAGAAAUUGGGUGGGAAGAAUUUGUGGCUACUGGUGAUGUAACUGAAACGCGUAAUAAAGUUGUGUUCCUGUAUGGUGGUCAAGGCGCUCAGUGGUAUGGAAUGGCAAGAGAAAUGUUAGUACAUGAGCCAAAAUUUAAGGAAAGCAUUGAAAAGGUUGAUGCUCUUCUUGACCGGUACAAAGCGUCAUGGUCCUUAAUUACUGAGCUUAACAAGCCUGCCGAAACUUCCCGCCUUCAUGAAAACCCAAUCGGACAGACAGCCUUGUUUGCCAUACAUUUUGCCUUAACUGAAUUAUUGGAAUCUUGGGGUGUCACACCGUCUGCUGUUCUUGGCCACAGUCUAGGAGAAAUAUCAGCAGCUUGGGCAUGUGGAGCAUUACGUUUAGAUAAAGCCUUGCAAUUGGUUUUAUUUCGGUCUCAACUUCACGAAAAAUGUUCACCUACAGGUUGUAUGGCUGCCAUUGGACUUUCAGAAGAGGAUGCACGAAGUAUGUUGCAAGAUCUUCAGUUAGAAUAUAAAGUUGAUGUUGCGGCGAUCAAUAGUCCAGGUAACGUGGUAUUAGCUGGUGAUAAAGCUUUGAUGGAAGUUGUUGAAAAACAUGUGAAAAGCGCACGAAAGGAUGUGUUCUGGAAGAAACUUGCUACAACACGCGCAUACCACAGUCGAGAGAUGGAAGAAAUAAGGCAGUCUUACUUCAAACUCACAAGUGAAUUCCACGUACGUCAGACACCAAGUAAUAUACCAUUUUACUCAACAGUUGUUGGCAGUCAAUUAUCUGGCCAGCUUCUUUCACUCGAGCAUUGGUGGAAAAACAUUCGGCAAGUUGUUUUACUGGAACCUGCCUUAAAAGCUAUGUUUUCUAACGGCUAUCAGCUCUUUAUUGAAAUCAACGCUGCUCCUCAGCUUUCAUAUCAUGUUCGCCAGACGUGGUCUCACAAUCAAACACCAAAAUCCAUAAGCGCAAAUGAUGCCAUUGUGGUUCAAACUCUGCCAAAACGCUUGGUCAGUCAACAACAUUUGUCGUUUCUUCAAAAUUGUGUCGCCCAUCUCUUCACAAAUGGUGUACCACUAUCCUGGAAUAAAGUUCAAGGCUCGGGAUCGAAAUCAUUUUUUCCACGUCCAACGUAUCCAUGGCAAGAAACAGAGUUUUGGUACCGCGAUGAACAUCCGUCUGAGUUUGUAACAUUUCUCGAUCAACACAAAACGGAAGAAAAUAAAACAUUCGUCACUUUCCAUCCCCUCCUUGGAAAAACUGUUCCAACGGAAACGUUCACUGGUUUGCACGCCUGGGAAUCUGAAAUCAAUUUACACAAUGUUUCAUAUAUCAACGAUCACAAAUUUGCUGAAUCUUCUGAUCCUGUGAUACCUGCAGCUGUUUACAUAGAAAUAAUAUUAGCAAUGUCAAUCCAUUUGUCUCCAAACGCGGCACCUGAUGUGCACAACAUUAGCUUCAAUAAUAUGUUGACUAUAUCCAGCAACGACUCGUACAGGAUUAGAACACGUCUUCUGCCUAAACAAUGUCAUGCCGAAGAAAAUCAAUUUCAAAUCACAGUUGUGGAGGACAACAAGAAUGAAGUUAUUCUCUCUGAAGGCUACAUUCAAUUAGGUGUUAAUGAUGGCUAUGGAAGCCAAGGUAAGAAAGCAAAAUGUAAAUGACCAAAUUUAGUUGAAAAACUUUUGUUGUGUUUUCAAACAGUCUUGCUAGCACUAAACUUAAAAGAUAGCUUUUAUGAAUACUGGGAAACUUUAAAUUGUAAAUUUCCUUCUUUGGUACAAAUAUUCGUACGUCAAUUAUUUAAUUUACUUUCCAAAUAUUCUGUUUUACUCUUUUCCUCUUCAUGUACAUUUCUGACACAUAUCAAAAGUAACACGAAUUACAGUUUGUAAUGAACUUUCUAGUUUAUUUAGUAACUUGUACGUUAAAAGCUUGAACUUAUAUACAACGACAUUAUUACUAGCAUAUUACUACAUACCUAGCGAUGUAUAUAUAGCGGGCACGUGUAUGUAGAAGAGUAUAUAGCACAAUCUUCUACUUUAAAGAUUGCACAAGAUAAUGGCGAAAGAUGUUUAAAGUUAAUUAAAUACUUUUGUCGUAUUCAUAAAAGUUGUCUUAUGCUGUUUCAAUUUAUGUGCGAUUCCGUGUAUUUCUCUACUAAAUAAGUUUCAUUCUCAUUUUCUUCUCGUAAAUUUUAAUUUUACUUGACAACGUCCGGGGUUAUUCGACAUAAAUGUUCCAAAAUGCUGUAACUAAGCGUUCGUUGCAUAUUCUAGCAAGUUUAGAAAGAAAAUUAGUGAUGACGAACUAAUUUUGGAUAAGAAGUUCCUUUCCAACAAAAAGUCUAUUAUGUGUUAAGGAAACACAAAACAAAACGUUAGCAAAUAUACAAAAUACAUUUGUGCCAUUUCUGAACAAAAUUUAUUAUAUUUAUUUUUAAUUGUGUUCUUUUUCACUUAAAUUAAGAAUCAUCCCAACAAGGAACUCCUAAAGAUUUUGAAGAUUAUAAAUGUGCAAUGACUAAAUGGUCGAAAAACGAUCUUAAAACAGAACGUGAAAAGUUGGGUUUCGCAUUUGGUCCCCAGUUUGAUUUAAUAACAGACGCAUGGUCCAACGGCACUGAAGUUCUUGCUCUGAUAUGUCCAACUGAAGAGAUCAAUAAAGAAGCAUCAGCUUACGUUAUACAUCCUUCUGUAAUUGAUGCGUCUUUGCAGACAAUGCUUCUCUUCAAAGAUAACGAACGUAAAUUUGUGCCACAGAAAAUCACACAUAUCACGAUUGUGGGAAAACCCACAUGCAUAGAACAGUUUUAUGCCCAUGCAAAGAUCAUAGAAUCAGACAAAACACCAAACUUCAACAUUACGUUGAUGGAUCGUAAUGCUAAACCAGUGAUGAUUUUUGAAAAAUUUAUCGUAGCAGAAAUUUCAGCAGAAAAAACGAAAGUGACUUUCGAGAACACAUCAUUCACUUUCGGUUGGGAGAAAUUAACGCCUGAAACCCCGGCAACGAGUCAAGGCAACGUUUGGCUUCUUCUUAGGGAUCAAAGCAAGUUUGCUGAACGGUUUUCUCAGAAUAUUCCAGCUGGUGAAAGUGUGCAUUUUGUUGACAUACAAGAUACCUCAAAUAAAACAUGCGACAUAUUUUCUGAAGUACUAGAAGAGGUAUUGAGGAAAAUGAAGAGCAAUGAAAAGUUACUGGUGAUCAAUUUCUGGCCGGUAGACGCCAGCAAAUUCAAUGCUGAUACGUGCAACUUCGAUGCAAGUCAUGGGCUUGCAUUUGAAAGUUGUCUCUCGAUUUCACAAGAAAUUAUAAAAAGAGAAGCUUUUGCCAAAAUUAUUCAGCUCGUUUUUGUCACUUCAGGAUUAGUUAUAAUUCCUCAACCUGAUCGUAAUCCUACCAUUGUUAACUCAAAUGCUUUCCCGUGGUCUGCUUCUGUUUUUGGAUUCAGGAGAACUUUUUCAGAAGAAAUAACUGCACCAAAUGCAUCUGUGGUUGAUUUGCCUAACAAUCCCAGCGAUAACGAUUUCUAUACCAUGGUAGAAGAUGUGAGAAAAACAACCAUAGAAGAAGAAAUUGUCUAUAGAGAUGGAAUACGUUAUGUUAAUCGCUUUAGGAAGUUGCAUUUAGACGGCGGAAAAUUUACCAAAGAGGAGUCGCCUCUCACGAAAGAUGGAGCGCAAAAGCCUUUUAAGAUGACAAAAAUGCGAGCCCAGUGGUUUUUACAGAAAACAUCCAACAAACGGAUAAAAGGAAAAAUGAAAAUUGAAGUCUACUUCGCCUGUCCAAUUCUUCAGAAGCCUUGGCUUGACCUUAAACUGAAUGAUCGCGUUACCUUUGCAGGAAAAUUCUGUAAUGGGUACAAAGAACAACAAAAUUGCUUCGUGGUUGGCGUUUGCAAAAUUGAUGACCUGGGGAAUUAUGUUGAUGGAGAGAAAUGCUGUUUCACAGAAAUAGAAGAUAACGUAACUGCUCAGCAAGCUGCUUCGCUUAGCUUUCCACUGGCAAUGUCUUACCACAUUCUUACAAAUCUUCUUAGCAACAUGCAAGGAAAGAAAGUCUUUAUCCAUCAUCGAAGGGAAGAAAUUUGCUGCAUCUUCGCAUGCGUUGCUAUGUCUUUGGAUAUAAAUGUCGUGUGCCUUGUCAAAGAUGGAUCCAGUAAAGAUCGAAUUAAGAAAUUUGGAGACAUAGUGCUAAUAACUGCAGACGAAAUGGCAAGAUCGGAAUCAAAUGGUACUAGCUCAUUGAGUUUAGAUGCAGUUUGCCUUCUCAGUGACACCAGUACGCACGUAUCUCGUCAAAUAAUGAAACAUCUUAAACCAGGUGCUUAUGUGGUUACUGUCCAUGGAGAAGAAAAUGUCAGAUUUAACCCGUUUAUUCACGACAAAGAUGUCCAGUGUAUUAUGACCAGUUUGGAAGAUAUCACCGAUAAUUCUAAGAACUUUUCAAAGUUGUUGGGUCCGUGUUGUUCUGUUUUGAAAUCAAGAAGUUUUUUCGAAAGAAUUUCGAAAAUACCUCAGCUUGCAUCCAAUAUAUAUGACGUCACAAACGAUAAAUCUAAGAAUAUAAAUUCUCCUUUGGAAAGGGAGAAGAAAAUUUGCUUGUACACAGUUUCUUUGAAGCCUAAGGAUACUCCUGACAAAGUUAGCUUUUACAGUUUACCACUGGACGGAAACGGUUUGAAAGAUGAUCGCACAUAUCUUGUAAUUGGCGGUGUUCGUGGUUUUGGAUUUGAGGUCGCCAAAUGGAUGGUUAAAAAUGGUGCAAAAACAGUCAUGUGUACAGCUCGUUCAGCAGCAAGUAAGGAAAGAAAAGCUGAUGUUCAACGUUUGCAGCAGGAUACUGGUUCGCAAAUUCUUCUGAGACAGGCAGAUGUUACAUCUUGGAAAGAUAUGAAUAUAAUUAAAGAGGAACUCGAACAUUUACCCGCUGUAGCUGGCAUUGUUUUUACAGCCAUGGUUUUGGCAGAUCAGUUGCUCAAAGACGCCGACUUGAAAACAUGCAAAAAGGUUGCGGAGACAAAAAUGAAAGGUAAAUAUUUCCGGUUUUUUUCAUUUCAUUCUUCCUUUCUCUAGUUUUAAUAUCUUGACUAUAAUGAUUGUGGUGAUGUGAUAUGAUGGUCAUAUCUUUUAAUUCAUGUUUAUGCACAAGGCGAGAAAUUUGUGAGAAACCUUAAUGAAUCCUGUUAAUUAAUUAAUUAAUUAUUUAAUUAAUUAACUGCAAAUAAUAAUAAGCUAGAGAAAUAUUGUAUUUUGGGAAUGCCUUCGCGCGUUUGCGACGUGUUUCGCUGACUGUCACAAAUUUGUGGCCAUGACUUCCGUAAUCCAUUGAUUAGAACCACUAACAUUUGCCCUUCAUAUUUACUCAUGAAAAUUAGUAUAAGCGUAAAUCCCGGACAAGUCGUUUGUUAUCAUUCCCGAGACAACGAAUUAAGUAUCAUAAUUAGGAUAUUGGAUAUUUUACAUUAGGAAGUGUUAUCCUUCAUCAACUCAGUCUCUCGAUGGAUCUCGAUUUCUUCAUUACGUUCUCCUCAAUAUCUGGUGUUCUUGGUAAUGUUGGUCAAGUUGCUUACGCAGCAGCCAACUCAUUUAUGGACCAAUUAUGUGAAUAUCGCCGACACAAACUUGGCCUGCCAGCGCUGUCUGUGAACUGGGGACCAAUCAGUGGUACUGGGGUGCUCGAGAGGAAUACAGAUAUCACAUCAAUUCUUGAAACAAAUGGAUUAUAUGCUCUACACUACACAACAGGUACAGUAUGUAGGGAUAGGAGAUAAAUUUUUGACAGAUAUAAAUAUUCGGUAAUUGUGAUGAUAAAAACACCGACUAUUUGCCAGAAGUUUGUACUAUUGAAAACCUGAGUGGUUGAAGCACAAUAGGGGGCCAUAUAGAAUCACUGUGACGUAUUAAUUAAUAUGUAUAGGUGAUCUAUUCAUUAAUUGCACGACUUGUCCGUGUCAUUAUUUAUGCAUCGUAUACAUGACAAAAUUAUAGCAACCACCCCCCCCCCCCACCUCUGGUAUUGAUGUUACGCGAAUGCAGAGAACACAUGUAUAUUUUAACUCAUUUGAGAUUUGAAACACGGUUGAAAUAAACAAGAUCCGGUUUAUUUGAACAUUUAACAAUAAACAUGUUCCUUAACAAUACAUGGUUUAAGAUUGAUGUGAAGUUCACAAGCAAAACAGCAAUAUAAAACAAUACAAGACGCUUAUUGAUACGUCAACAAACAUGAUUGUGCAAGUUCAAGAUAUUGAAAAAGUUCAGCAAGAGAAGUUUAGGCUAGUGUGCUUUUUUUGUGUAUUUUCAUUUUCUGCUUUUGUUUUAAACGAGCCGUCAUUUUGUUUUUUUCAAAUCAUUAAAUGCACUCUCCUGGUGAGCGCAAUUAAUGAUGGUAAUAGAACGAAUAGGAGUGCUAUUAAUGCCAUAAUCAUACGAGUGAUUACAAAAUCAACCGACCGCGUAGCGGGAGGUUGAUUUGUUAAUCACGAGUAUGAUUAUGGCAUUAAUAGUACGACUUAAUUCGUUCUAUUACUUAUUAAUUAUUUAUCUUCUGUAAUCAAAAUGUUUAAGGGGGAAAAGCAGAAAAAUACAAUUUGUUGAAAUUCAAUAUAAUUUUUAAAUUUUUGUCACGACAAUUCUUAGUGAAAUAGUACGAUUUUGAAUUAUUAUUUAUCAUAUAUAAUCAAAUUAACAUAUUAUUAACUUCCGGGCAUUAUUUCCGGUAUAACCACAUGACAACAUUUGUUUGAAUUAUUCAAAACACAAUUGGGAAGCCAUGUUUGUAUGUUUAUAACGUGUUCAAAAUAGUGAAGUUCUUUAGUUCAAUUAAUCAUCUGAAUUGGAUUGUGUCUAGUUCGGUGUCUUCUGCUGGAUGAACAGGUAGGUCAUUUUCGUCAGAAAAUAUAUAAUUUAACAACCCUCGAAAACGAGAUCGGCAUUCGGCAAUGCCGACCUUCAGUAUUAAAAUGCUGACCUAUCAGCCAAAGUAAGAAUCUUUUUGGUUCUUAUAGUUGUUAAAAAGUCAGCGAUUAUUAAUUCGAUGCACUUUGCUGUAAGGUUUAAGAAUUAACGGGUAUAUUUAUGUUAUAAUUUAGGUAAAACUCUAAAAGAAAAGGCUUCGUGACAUUUAUACUUUUCAAUGAUUCGUAAAUACGUGAUUACUAGUGCUCCAAGACAUGGAAACAGAUUUUAAAAAAUGCCGAGAUAGGUCAGAUUUAGGUCGGCAUUUUUUUUCCGACCUCAAUUUUGACGGUUUUCGAGGGCUGAUUUAAAAAUUAAAAGGGCAAAAUUUGUGAAUUCCUCCAUUUUGAAUUUUUUACAGCAAUAAAUAAAAUAAAAUUCAAAGUUUGUAUCCUGAGUGCUGAUUGGCUAGUGUAAAUACUAGACUGAUUUUCAUUGGCUGUAGACAAGAGUGCGAUUACAGCUCAGAAAAGGUGCGAUUAAUGCUCAAAUCGCACUCCUGUAAACCAAUGAAAUUGCAGUAUUUGCCACUGAUUACAGAAGAUAAAUAAUUAAUGAAAUAAUUAGCCUUUGCCACAAAGACCAAAACCUGCCAUUUUUGGGUUACUCUGCCCUCAUGAAAGAUUCUAGACAAUUCAAACAACGUGAAAAGCGACUUUCAAAAGUUAUAACUAUAAACUUACCAUUAUACAAACAAGUACAAUACUAAAAAGUAGUAUUUUGUGGUGCGGAGACUCUCAAACGUGGGUGAGGCAGUCCCCCGAAAAUGGUGGAAAAAUCGACUGUGAAAAAGGCUACAGUAAUUGCUCUCCUCUUAAGUGGUUCCCUACAACUUAAAAAUUGGGGAAAAUCAUGAAUUAGAUCAAACUUUUUCAAGAAAUGUUAUUUAUUUGAAAUUUGUCACAAAAGCGACGCCACCACUGUUGCUAUGGCAACAAUGACGAUUCAAGAUGGCCGAUAGUUUGGCUUUUAACGCACUUUACUUAAAAUAAAACGCUUGCCUACCCCAUUUUUUAUUGUAGUACAAUACAUUCGAAAAAUUCUGUAGAGCUCAAAAAGAUUUAUUUUGAAAUACUAUGUUUAUAUAUUUUUAAAUUCGACUUUACCGACUUUUUUUAAAUUGUUCAGGUAGUUUAUUGUACUACAAAAAAAAUGGUUUCAACAAUAAAAAAUGGGGAGAACCAGGCAUUUUUUUAAGUAAAGUGCGUGAAAAGCCAAAACAUCUUGAAUCACCAUUAUUGCCAUAGCAUAUUGCCACAUUUGUGUCCAACUGUUUGAUUAUUGCUGUGUAUAGGUUGUACGAUUUUUUAUUUCUAGCAAACAACAUCACUUCGUAAAGUUGAUAUAAUUUAUGCAUUGUCAACAUUUCUAUAAAAUGUCUUGUAUAUAAUAAUUAUAGGCAAUUAAGUUGGCUGAUGAUAAUGUGGUCAUUUUCACAUAUAAAAAGAUAUUGGACAGCUAGAAACUUGAUAUUUGGCUAUUUUCACAGAACAAUGUCGUUUACUUUAAAUUUUAGCUAAAUAUAUUAUGCAUACAACACUCAACACUGCAAACACACAUCAUUUUCUUAAUUUUGACGAGUCUUGCCUUUGUCAUAUUUUGUUUUCGAAAACUUUUUUUACAAGAGGGAGAGAAGAAAAAUGAAAUCCAUACUAAGCCUGAAAAUAAAUACCAACCAACGACUUUAUACGAGUUUUAUCUGUUCUAACCCGAUUUAGAAACAUCCUACCUCCAUAUUGUUUCUCGUAAUCGUGGCCUGUAGAGAAGGGGAUAGGGGGGGGAAAGACAAUUGCUGCCAUACAGUAUAACAACCGCUAUCCUAUAUACUCCACUACAUAGGUCGUUGUUUUUAUUUGUUGUUAUCAUCAGAAUAUUAAAUCAUGAACAUCUUGUAAAAUGUGACAUAGAUAAUAAACGGACAACAACAUGAAAAGCCCGGCUUUAUAUUUACUUGUUUUACUGUAUUAUGCCCGCCACUCGUAUAAUACAAACAACCCGUAAAUAAUAUAAGGGAUCACGCCACAUAUAUACCCUUGAAAUAACUUAUACAAGAAAUAAGCAAAUUGAAAGUAGCGAAUUUUCGUUUCAGCAAUCGAAUUUCUAAAACGUAUCCUACUCGAGAAUACCAACGAAGCUCAAAUUUGCAUAUCUGCUAUGAAUUGGCAAGUCUACCUCCAAAAUCAUGCUUCUCCAAGACUGCAGAUGAUCCGAGAAGAAACACUCGUAGCGGCUGAAGAGAACAAUGUCAUGACACUGGAAGACCUAGCACUACAACCGUUAGAGUUAAGAAAGAAUUACGUUCAAGAGUUUAUUAAACGUUUGCUGUCUUCCUGGUCAGGAGCCGAUGUCGCUGAACUCGACUUAAAUGUUGGACUACACAAAUACGGAAUUGACUCAAUUGCCGCGACAAAUAUGAAACUUCAAAUAAGAAAUAACAUUGGUGCCACGUUUGAAGUAAGUAGUUUCAUUUUUUUAUAAUCGAGCAUAACGUGCCUUAAAAUCAUGCAGUUUCGUUUACUUUACAAAAACAGAAACAAAUGUUUAUAUAUUUAUUGAUAAAUACAGCAGAUCCUGAAACUAGACAUUUUACAAAAUAAGACAUAGUUCUACAGUGUGGUCUCCUAGAGUAUGUGCAAAACAAGUGCACCACAAGAGCGAAGACGUACCAUUUCUGAAUAAGUCUACCAAGGUCCAAGGCUUAUGAUUCCGAACAAACUAACAGACUAACAAACUCACGCAUGCGCAUUUAAGGCAAUGCCAAACUUCGUUUAAUUAAAACUGCAAUAGGAUUAAUUAUUGGUGUAAUCCAAGUUUGAUCCAAAAACGGAUUUUGCAUCCAAAGAUUUAAGGAUUUUGUAAAUGUAAAUUCUUAGUGGAAUUGCUCCUGGUUGUAGGUCUAAAUAUACAGGAUCGCGAUGUACAAAAAAAUUUGCACAGUUUGUAAAUGUUCGCUAAACUGCAAAUUCGGCAAAAUUUGUAAAACCUUGACGCAAGCAUAAAAUUAUUUAAAAUUAUUUUGAAGAGUAAAUUUUGUAAAAAUUGGUGCAAAUUUAGAAGCUUUGACUUUCUCGGCUUAGACAACACUCGCAGUCCGUGCUUUAACAGAUAUAAGACAGUUGGCUGUCGACUUGUGUUUUAUAUCUGAUAAAGCACUCUUGCUUGUGUUCUAAAUAGUACAUAUAUAGUUUUAUGUAAUAUUAUUUUUAGUGUUAUUAGUUGCUUAAUUUGUUUAGACACAUUGCUGCAUUGUGUGCUGUCACUUUUUCUUAACAUUUAGACAUACUAUUUCAUUCAACCAAAGACGAGUGGUCUAACCAUUAUCAAUGAAAUCCUGAAACAAAUUAGCAAGGUAAGUACGACUUGUCAUGAAAACGACGCGUCAGGGAUUGAUAACAAAACAAAGAGCUUCAUGUCAAAAAAUGUCAUUGAAGAAGAAGGGGAGGCAGAAGGAACCAAUGGACUGGAGCUUCAGGCCGUUAGAACAAACAAGGAGAAAGUUGUUCCACUCCAUACCCCAAAUGACGCAGUUGUGAAAGUAUUUAUGAUUCAUGGCAGCCAGAAGUCAGCACUGGCAUUAGCAACAUUUGCACUUGGUUUCCAACAGCAGGUAAUUAAUAUUCAUUUGAAUUGAACUCUUUACAUUAAGGCGGGGGUACACAUAGAUUGAUGGCCAUUUUUGAAUGGCUGUAAUUUUAAAGAUAUUUCCAAAGUUAUGACAAACUGUUUAUCAGUAGAAAGCUAAUUAUGACCUAUAAAAUCUAAACAUACUAAUCAUUUGUACAUAACGUCCUUUGUAACCUGAAACCAGGCCGGCAAUCAUACCACAUGUUGUGCAAAACUAGGGUCCAUAUGAGAAAAGAUAUCUGCUUAUAAAUUUUCUUGAAUUCUAAGAAAUUUUAUCAGUAAGUAGAAAAUGGCAUCAUUAUCUCAAAUGAGCAUAGAACUUUUUUGUAUGAUAAAUCUAGUGGUCACGAACUCGCAGCAGAGGUACAAAGCUAACAUACGUUUUUUCCACAUUUUAUUUUGUCAUAAAAUGUAUUCCACGCAAGAUACAGAAAUUUCCUAUGCUCAUUUAAGACAGGUCUAAUAAAAGAAUAAGCCCUGAAAAUUUCAGGAAAAUUGGUUAAAUGGAUCAUGAGAUAUUUUUUUCAAAGACGGAAAACGCACGUACAUCCCGAGAAAACAAGUGUUAAAAUUUUUAAACAACUGUUCGAUCUGUUCCUGACAGGUUUCGAGAAGUUUAGCCUAAUUGUUUGUCACUAGAAGUACUUUAGCACUUCAGAAGCCUCCACCUUGUAAAUCUGGGUGUGUUGCCACAACACCAAAAUCGGUGUAAGUUCUUGCCUCUGCAGGGACACCGAAAAGGUGUCAGAGCUAACACUGAUUUUAGUGUAAAUAGUUGUGUCUAUGUGAACACCCAUUUGGUGUAAAUUUGCACGAUCCUAGGUUAUUUAACGCUGCUUUUGGUGUAAAUCCGCUUGCCUCUGUGGGGAAACCAAUUUGGUGUUUAUCUACACUAAGAGAGUAAACUUACACUAUCCUAGGUUAUUUAAUUUCUCGACAUGUGACAUUUUUCACGGCAAGCAAUAUUUUGAUUCAACUGUUUUAUAACGUAAAUAUUUCAGUGCGUAUUCACCCCCCUUAAAAACAAAGAACACCAUUGGAAUCUUAACAAAAUAAGCUUUUCAUCGGGGGGUCUAAUGCCGUCAAAACAAAUACACAAACCGAAACAAUCGUAUAUUUACUCACCGCUUGGCCAAACAUUCUGUAUUUUUAUAUGGAGAAAAUGUUGAAUAUUUUCUAAACUCUUCAGUAUUCGCCACAAGUUAAUGUUAGUGAAAUAUUCCUUGUAUUCAAGCGCUUUUAUGUAGAAAGUUUCGUUUGAAUACGGCGAGUAGAAAUGUUUAUUUUGUUUUUUUCAAAAUAUCGGGUUUCAUCGGGUUUUUACUCGCACGCGCGUGCUGCAUGUAAAAUUGGUCAAUAAGUGGUCUCCCGUAGCCCAGUGCACGUGAAAAGCACGCUUCAGAUGUAAUUUGACCUUUAGAAUCGAUUUCCGAUGUUUUCCGAACGCUAGGAUGUAAACACGCGAUGUUUUGGCAGAUCUAAAAUGUAUUUCCGGUUAAAAAUAUCCUGCUGAUUUCAUUAGUUUCGCAACAGAUUGAAAUACCGAAAUAAAAGACGAAAAACUAAGGCUACAAGCUUGAAAAUAACACUUUCAAUAGUGUUUUUGAUUCUGUUUCGAAUAAGACUAUAACGAAAACGAUAUCUCAAAAGGGGCCGAAGUUAUGUUCGGCAAAAGGUAUUGAUAGUUUACAUUGUUCGAGACAAUUGAUUAAUAUAAUGAAAUAUGACACCGCUUGACCUGUCGAAAGGUCAUAAAUUGUUAUACAAUUUCACUAAAAUUAUAUUUGACUAAAACUAUCGACAGGUAUUAGGAGAUAUUGUUUCACUGAAUCGAAUGGUG